UCUCCUCAAAGGCUCGAACCCCAAAAACCCAAGACGCUGCUUCUCAUUCUCUUCCAUUUUCUCUGAACCUUCUCUGCCACACUGCGUUCUGCUUUCUAACCCUGAACUCUUCUCGCUCUUCCUUCUUCCUCCUCCUGACUCUGAUUAUGCAGCCUUGUAGCAAAGAAAUGCAAGGAAUAAACUCUCUCGUGAACUCUUCUCAGAUUUCUCUCUCCGACCUCCACCAGAUCCAAAAUUCUCAGAUGAAUCCUCCUCCUCACCUUACGAACCCUUCUUCCUCAUCUCACUUCGACUCUUCUUCUUCCCACGACGAUUUUCUUGACCAAAUGCUCUCCAACCUUCCCUCUUCCCCCUGGCCGGACCUGAACCCCAAGCCCUUCUGGGACGACAUGCCUCCGCCGUCCCAUGCCGCCGAUAAUGUUGCGUUUCAGUAUGAUGACCAAACCAGCUUGGCUUCCAAGUUCCGAAACCACCAGAUCAGUAGCGACGGUAGCAACCACUGUACCAAGUCGUCGACGGCGGCGCUUAUGCUUCAGGCUCAACAGCAGUUUCUGAUGUCCCGAGGCGUCGCCGGACCUGGAGACUCGGGCCUCCUUCCGAUGCCGUUAUCGUUGGGCGGCGGAGACGUUGACCGCUCCCGAAACGACGUCAUGGAUGGGUCGUCGUUCAAAUCUCCCAAUCCGGGAGGUGAGAGUUCAGUUCAAGCCCUGUAUAACAGAUUCGCCGGUUCUCUGCAUGGCGGCGGCCAAGUUUCGAAUCAGACUCAGCAUUUUCCUCAUCCACAGAAUCUCGGCGGUUCAGGCACCGCAACGAACCAAGCUCCGGCGAGCAGUACUCCGGCACAACCGAGACAAAGAGUUAGGGCUAGGAGAGGUCAAGCCACGGACCCACACAGCAUCGCCGAGAGGUUACGAAGAGAGAGAAUCGCUGAGAGAAUGAAGGCUUUGCAAGAACUCGUUCCCAAUGCAAACAAGACAGACAAGGCCUCGAUGCUGGAUGAGAUCAUCGAUUAUGUUAAGUUCCUACAGCUCCAAGUUAAGGUAUUGAGUAUGAGUAGGUUGGGCGGUGCAGCUGCUGUGGCUCCCCUAGUUGCUGAUAUGGCCUCCGAGCAGGUAGGCGGUGCGGGAGGGGACUGCAUUCAGGCCUCAUCGGGCAACGGUGGUGGGGCCGUCUCUGGGAGCUCCAACGGCAACCAAACGCCGCCAGCAACCUCCAACGACAGUAUCGCCAUGACGGAGCACCAGGUGGCCAAGCUCAUGGAGGAAGACAUGGGCUCCGCCAUGCAGUACCUGCAGGGCAAGGGUCUGUGUCUCAUGCCCAUCUCCCUCGCCACCGCCAUCUCCGCCGCCACCUGUCAUUCCAGGACCCCCCUGAUCAACACCUCCGGCAACAACAACCACCACCACCAGCAGAAAGGGCCGUCGUCUCCCAGCAUGUCGGUAUUGACCAUGCAGUCGGCGACGGCGGGUAACGGUGUCACGGAGAGCUCCGUCAAGGAGGUGGCCUCCGUUUCGAAGCCGUGAUGACGGCGUUAACGGAAUUUGUGACUUUUCCUUUUGCCGCUAAAUAAACAAAGCAGAGUAAAAUGACAGGAAGAGACGAAAGAUAGAAAAAAAAGAUGACGUGGAUUUACUUAUAUAUAUAUAUAUAUAUAUAUGGGCCCGCCUAAAGUCUACGAAAAUAAAGCGUCAGGGGAGGCCUUAGACGACGCCGUAUUUGCGUAGACUUUAGCUGACGCUAACACCUUGGAAGAGAAGCUCUCCAAUCCCCUCGAUGUUCCUCUUGUGAUCACUUUUUUGUAAUAUUUUUUGGUUGUACUUUUCACACUGUCAUGGACUACAAGCUUUUUACUAUUUAAUUAUUUUUGUUUUUGAGGUACUA